CUCUUUGCUGGCCCUCAUUUACCAAGACCAAUUAAGCUUUGCGUGAGCAAGAGGGCACUGUGUGUGUGUGUGUGUGUGUGAGAGAGAGAGAGAGAGUGUGAGAGAGAGAAAGAGAGAGAGAGAGAAAGAGAACUGUGUCUACACUGUUGAUUAAUGCCACUGGGUCUAACAAGCUCAGCUAAUUAGAGAACAUCAAAGAGCGAGAGGUGGUACGAGGAGAAAGAUGUGGAUGGAUGGAGGGAAGAUGGAUGGAUGGAUGGAUGGGUGGACGCCUGUCGCAAGCAGAUGGAAAGAUAUCAGGAUGUCAAAGCCAGUAGAGGUGGAGAAAGUAGGGGCUGACUCACCAUUGGAAGGCACGGAUUCAGAGCGGAAUGGACCUGAAUCAAAUCACCAGGCUCAUUCAAUGAAAGUCCAUCCUUUUCCUCUUUCACCAACCCUGAGCAGCAGCAAGAAUAAGAUGGAGGAAUGUGGUGAGAUGUCCCCGGCUCUUCCUCUGUCCCACGGCCCAACCCCUUCACAGACUGCCCUGCAACAUACACAGCUCAUGCUGACUGGCUCUCAACUAGCAGGGUUGACAGCUCUGUUGCCAGCACAGCAGCAGUUGUUGCUGCAGCAGGCUCAGGCACAGCUCCUGGCUGCAGCUGUGCAGCAGUCCAGCGCAGCCCAUGCCGCUCAUGCUGCCCACGCAGCCGCCCAAGCCAAUCAGCAAGCUCAGGCAGCCGCAGCAGCAAAUCAGCAAGCCCAGCAGCAGCAGCAGCAGGCGGGACAAACAGGGCAGCAGGCCCAGUCGCAGUCCCAGGGACAGGGACAGAGCACACAGGAACAGACAGCCCAAAGUGUCCCUGUCCCACCUCCACCCCAGCUCACCCUCUCUCAGCCAAUCCAGCUCACCGCCCAGGACAUCCAGCAGUUGCUGCAGCUUCAGCAGUUGGUGUUGGUGCCCGGCCACCCGCUCCCGUCUCCUGCCCAGUUCCUCCUCCCACAGGCACAGCAGGGCCAGCAAGGACUCCUAUCGACACCAAAUCUUAUUUCGCUACCUCAGCAAAACCAAGGGAGCCUGCUGUCUGCUCCAACUAGAAUGGGACUCCAAGCACAGCGAGAUAAGAGUGUGGAGGUGAGCGGUGGAGGCAUGACCACGGUGCCCUCUGUGACCUCUCACCCCGAGGAACCCAGUGACCUGGAGGAGCUGGAACAGUUUGCCCGCACUUUCAAACAAAGACGCAUCAAAUUAGGCUUCACACAGGGAGAUGUUGGCUUGGCCAUGGGGAAGCUGUAUGGCAAUGACUUCAGUCAGACCACAAUCUCCCGCUUUGAAGCCCUCAACCUGAGCUUUAAGAAUAUGUGCAAGCUGAAGCCACUGCUGGAGAAGUGGCUCAAUGAUGCAGAGACCAUGUCCAUAGACAGCACCCUGCCCAGCCCCAGCUCCCUGUCCUCUCCCUCUAUGGGCUUCGACGGGCUUCCUGGUCGCCGCAGAAAGAAGAGAACCAGCAUUGAGACGAAUGUACGUGUGGCCCUGGAACGCGCAUUCAUGACGAACCAGAAGCCUACCUCAGAAGAAAUCCUGCUGAUCGCAGAGCAGCUCAACAUGGAGAAAGAGGUGAUCCGAGUCUGGUUCUGCAACCGCCGGCAGAAAGAGAAACGCAUCAAUCCUAGCAGUGCCACCCCUCCCCUGCCCAGCCAGGCCCCCACUGCCCAACCAACGCACAAACAGUCCUGCUACAGCCCUCACAUGAUGUCCAGCCAGCUGUCACAGGCCGUGACCAGUCUCAGCACAACAGUGACCACCAUGUCCCCCGUCUGCCCCCUAACUUCCAGCCUCACCUCCACCCAUCCCUCCCUCAGCUCCGCACCCUCCCCGGUGACUCCUCCUCCCCGCAGCACGGCCAGCCCCGCCACUCCCAGCCACAGCACACUCAACCUUAACACAGGCUUAUGGCGUAUGGGUAAAAAGAACGGUGACGUGUCUAACUACAUCACCGAUUUUGCUGCAAACUUGAGGAACACUGUGAUGGGAGUUAACACAGGGAUGAGCCAAGCCCUCCUCGGUAACAAUCCCCUGGCCACCAUCCAAGCAGCCCUAGCAGCCAGUGGUGGCCAGCUGCCUCUUUCCAGUCUUGAGGGGGGCAGUAAGGUGAUGCUGGGGGCCUCUGGAGGCCAGGGAGGGCUCCACUCCUCCCUCUUCCUCAACCAUCCCGCCUUCCUCCACAUGGGCCAGAACCCCGGCGCUGGACUGAUCAGCGCCGCCGUAGCCAAAGCCUCCCAGUCCUCUCCUUUUCCCUCAGCCAGCAGCAUCAGCCCCACCCCUUGCUCCCCUUCCCCCUGCUCAAGCCCCGCCUCUUCCUGCUCCUCCAGCGAAAUGGCACACAGCCCGCCCUCUCUGGGCGGAGCCAAGAUUGAGUGACCGCGCCAAGGGCCAAUCAGAGAGGAGGAGGAAGGAGGACACGAGAACCUCGCCUUUCACACCAAAGCUAUCUCUUUCUCUCUCUCUUGUGCUCUUCUUCCGUUUUUUUUUCGCAAUGGUUCUCUCUCUCUUUCUCUCCCAGUCUUUCGAUGCCAAAAAUACACAGAAUGAAAGAGGAGAGAGGGAGGGAAAGAAGUGAAAGAGGGGAGAAGGGGAGAAAGGGGAAGAUUGAAACCAAAAAUCUUUAUCUAUCCAGACAGAUGGGGAGGAGGCAACGUGGGACCUUUUUGUCAAUAACGCGUGAUAUCGGCAUGGCGCCUCUCCACUCUUUCUCUCUGAAGGAAAACAAACCAAUGACUCUUUAACAAAGAGAUGGAAGAGACGGCAGAGAUGCAUGUCGGAGUGCAUAAACCAAAAAUGACAAAAGAUAACUUUACUAUGUGACAAAGGAAUGGCGGCAAGGACAAAAAAUGGAGAGGAGGACUGUGCUUACGUUUUCCUUUCGUUUUUUUAUUAUUUCGAAAAGCUGCGGGUCUGAAGGAAGAGGAGUAGGGAGGAUAAGUUUAAACCAAAAAUUUACCUGAGGAGGAGGCGGAGGAGGAAUACACAAUGACAAAAAAAAAAAAAAAAUGACAACCAUACCAAAAUCCCAAAUACCAAAAACCAAAAAUACGGAGAGAAAAGCUUUAUUCAAAGGACGUGUAAAUACUGAAGCUAUCCAGGACCAGGACUCUACUGCUACUGCUACUCACACACAAACACACAUCAAUCCAUCUAGCCAUCGACUCAUCCUGUCUGCGUCAACUCAUGUGUCUCUUAUAGGUUUUCAUGCUAGAUAUUUUAGAUAAUUUUGUAAAAGAUUGUUACUGAAUGAGUCAAGAGCUCAUGAAUGAUUGCCAGUUCUACUGUAUCUUCUUAUGUUAGUCUCUUUACCUACCUCUGGUUUUAAGAGCAUACAAUAGCUUUUCCGCUCUCCUUUUUAUUUCAGAUUCCUUGACAGAGGCUUGUUAUUCAGUAUCUAUUUUUUACACUUUGAGAAGUACAGUUGGGAUUUGUUUUUUAAUUAUUUAUUAGUAUCAUUUUACAAUCCAGUUCCUAUUUAUUGUCGCAGCCAAUAUUUGUUUUAGUGUUAGCUUUUGGGGUUUGAAUCAUCAUCAGUGUCAUCAUCAUCGUCUUCAUCAUAUGCAUUUGUGUUGUCAACAUGCUUCUUUUGUUUUUUUUUAUGUGACUAUUCUGCUGGAACAGAGAUGAUGAAGGUGAAAAGUUGCUCAUUUCAGUCCUCACCAAGUGCCAUAGAUCCAAAAUAGAGUUGGCACACUGCAAGUUGAUUUCAAGGUGUGAAUGAAUUUUAUUAAGACCUAAACAUGUGACAUUUUGUGCUCUUAAUCAGACCACUCUUUCAUCACUCUUUAAGAUAACCCAUUAUCGGGGGACUCCAUGGCUAAAUGAACAUGCCCUGGAAACUUCACACAGUGAAAAUGACGUUUGUUAAGAGUGGCGACCAUUUUGAAAGUAUGAAAUAGGGCUGUGAUUGGAGAUUUGAAGUAAUAACCGUUGAGACUGAAGGCUAAAUAAGUCAAUAAAGCCAAGUUUAGUCACAG